CACUAAAAUAAUAAGCGUGCUUCCGUUUAUUGUAAACUAAUACUUCUUAUAUUUUAUAUCUUAAUAUUUGUGUAGGAUGAUGCAUAUGCCAAGUUUGAAUCAUUGAAGCAAGCAAACCCUUCCAAGUCUGACUUAGAACUUGAAGAUGAAGCUUUUGAGCACACCAUGUAUGAUGGAGAGAUUCCCAAACGUCCCGUAGGUUAUGGACUUGGAGUUCGAAAGGGGGACAUUUACGGGGUGCAUGGUGUCCUGAAGAAGCAAGGGUGUGGAAGAGUUCGAAAGACGGCCGUGUUCAUGGAGAAUGAUAAAGAAGAAUUGUCCACUCUGAAGAAGGAAAAUAGAUUGUUGAACACCCAAGUCCAAGAGAACAAAGAAGAAGUGUCUGUUCUCAAGAAGGAAAAUAGCUUGUUGAAAGCCAAAGUUCAAGAGAACAACUCUCUGCUCAAAACUCUUGUUGGACAAUUUUCUCAACUAGUAGGUAAAGUUCGUAAAGGAGAGGCUUCAAUGCACCUUUUAGAUUGUGCACAAGCAGUCUUGGAAGUGACAAACCAAAAGGGAUGCUGACAGCUUAAUGAAGUUUAGGACAUGUGAAUGGCCUUACUGAUUCUGAGGAUAGAUCUAUGCUGGAUGUCACUUGAUCUAAACAUGUUACUGUUUUUCCUAAGGGAUGAAACAGUAGUUUGAUGUUAUUCUAGGAGGGUAAUGUUUAUGAAGUUGGAGAAUUUUGAUAUGGAAAUUGAUUUUGCUAGCGCCUGUAGAUGGAGACAGAGCUUAUCUCAUGAGACUUGAGUUCUUUUGUUGUCUUUGUUUCUUCUUUAUUCUUCUCUAGAGCUAUGCACUCUUAUGUGAUUCUUCUUUAUUUAGUAAUUAGAAAGUUUAAGACA